AUGAAGGUGUCUGUGGUCUCCGGCGCCGGAGAGGAAAAGGAGUGCAGGGGGUUUGCGGAGCGCUGGUUCUGAAAUCUCGGCCAGAUUUUGCUUUGCCUUCCUGUCCCAACCCUGCUUGGUAGGGUUUGUCCCUGGCGUCAAAGGCUGGGACAGCUGAGCCCCUAACCUAGAAGUAUCCUUGACUGUGAGAGCCCAGAAGUGGGCGUUUCACUUUUCCUGCUUCUGGGGACCCCCUGAGGCUAUGACCUUUGACCAGUGUGCAGCUUCUGUUUCUCCAGAUUAUCUGAUGUUUUGGAUGAAAACUGGCAUGAGAAGCACCAAGUAUAAACCAGUAGACUACCAAAAACUGCGUGCAUUGACUGAAGUACAAAAACUAGCUUCAGCCUGUACAGAGCUAAAGAUCAGAAAAAUGUUGCAGACUUCAAAGAUAUCUAAAGAACAAACAGUAAUAAAACAGCACAAGCAAGUGUGGUGGCAGGAACACCAGAGGCUAAAUGAAGUCAGAUACAAAAUGGAAUCUGAAAUGAAAUCCGUUCUCAAUGAAGAGAACAUUGGAAAUGAAUGCCUUUGUAACCUUACAAAUUUUGAACAAGACUUAUCAGAACAAUGGUGCACGUAUCUUAAAAAUGUGAUAAGUCCUGUCCAGCAGCUGAGAGCAGAUCUAAAGUACAGACAGCACCACACUUUACAGCAUUCACACCCACGUGCUGAGUUUGACUCUGUGAAAGUAUUAGAAGAGGUUGAAUUUGUGAAGAAACAGUUGAAAGCUGUCUUUGAGAAACUUGGCCUGGAGCAACAGAAAAUAGAAAAUGAUCUUUCAAACUGGAGUAUGAAGAUACUAGAUCCUUCCUCAGAAGAAAAAACUAGCCUGCUUAGUGAACUCCCCAUGGAAUUAGAAACAUCUGAAUGUCCAUAUCCUGAUUUGAAAUCUUCAAUCCUGAAUGAGUUCUGUAACUUCACGGAGAAAUAUCAAAAAAAACUCCAAGAUUUUGAUCUGCAGUUAGAAGAUAUAUGCAGAAACUGUCAGCUAAGUGAAGAAGACCUCUGGAUUUACCAGACUAUUUUGGAGCAGUACUCUGGAGAUGUCCUUGGCAGGCGGACUUUGUAUCUGGACAUGUUACAAAGAUAUUAUCCUCACAAAUCCAGGCAUGAUUUGGUCGAACAUGAGAAAUACUGUGACCAAUAUCGCUUUGCUAGAGAGCAGAGGAAGAUCCUGUUAUCGAAUUGGAAUAAGCAUAGGAAAGACUUUAUACAGAAGGCUAUGCUGACCCUCAUCGAGGCUUGUGCAACUCAUGAGAUGGAAAGCACAUCGGCUAAGGACAGGAAAAAGCAACAGGAACUGUGUGCUGAGCUGAAAGCUAAGGUUUUUCAAUGGCGAGCCCAUCAAGAAGAGGUAGCAAGACUAGAAAUGGAAAUUUCUGCCAGAAGAAGAAAAAAGGAAGAGGAGAAAAAGAAACUGUGGAAAGAGAAAGAAUCGUUGCAAAGAGAGGAAAAGAAAAAAAAGAUAAGAAAAUACUGGGCUAAGAAAGAACAGAAGUGGCAAGAAAUGGAAAUGCGAGAUCUCCGGCGUCUAGAAGAACUGAAGAAAUUAAUGGCUGAACAGUCGAUAAAAGAUAGAGAAAGGGUUAAAUAUAGACAAGAAUUAUUGGAAAAGCGCUUGAUGGAGAGAAACGCAGCAGCCCUUCAAGAAGCGCAUGAAGAUGAAGAGAGAGUGCGGCGGCUGGAAGCCCUUAGGAAACAGGUGGCUGUCGUCGCUCAGUUUGAUCGUGUCAGAAUGAUGUCAGACACAAAGGCAUCGAAAGCUAGGAUGGGCAUUGAAACUGAAGAAGAAUUUAUUCUUCAAAAGCCACUCUUCACCUUGAAUACAUACAAUGAACAGCAGAUAAUUUCUGACCCUAGAAUUCGCUUUGAGUUAGCCCUUCGAGAAGCUGGACUUCAUAAAGCAGUUUAUGCCAGAGAGAUGUUACCAAAAAUCAGUCCUCAAAAACCUCCACGAAAGGAUAUGGAGUCUUCUGUAUUUAAACUAUAGAGCUUAUCCUCAAAUCUUGCUAUAUGUAAACAAGUUUUUUCUUUGAAAACAUUUAUAUGGAUAAUAAUUACUACUUUCUAAAAUUUUAAAAAAUAUCAGGCCUAGAAAUUGUAGCAGCUAUUAAAACAACUUUGCCUUUCUUUUAUGA